GACGAGGUUGACAUCUUCCUCGCGUGCACGCGAGAUCCUCCGAACGGGCAGGUCGCCGAGCAACAGUGUUCCUGGCUGCCGACGGAUGUUCACGAGUCUUUGGGCAACCUGCUGAAAGGAAUCUGAACCAUCCAGUGUCGUCGAGCCGGCAGCAUGUUCUUGGCCACCAUCGUGUCCACUCUCGUUGUCCUGGCAACUAUCUUCUACGCGUAUUACAACUUCCAAAAGAGCAAGGAGGGUCAGAAGGUACGUCCAGAAACUCCGAGGACGCCGAAGCAGCCCAAGACAUCGACAGCGGCGUUCCCGGUGUGCGUAGUGGCAUCUUCGGUGCCGAGUGACCUGAAGGUAUCCGGACACUCUAUGCUCAUGGGCGACGUCGUGGUGGACGGGAAAAAGGACGAGAGGCAAGAGGGGAAGGAAGAGGACGUGCUCAGCUACGGCGAAGGGGUGCAGACUAACGUUAUUCUGCAGAAACCCGUGAAGGCAGACACACCAGAAGAGCGGAGCGCUGGGCAAAAUUGGCUGACACGGAAUCUGACGCAGCUGCAGGCUCACUCACGAGGAUACCUUCUAAGACAGUCCCUGGAACGCACCAGGCAGGCCCGGCAGAAGGCUGCGCUCGCCAUCCAAACAUGGUGGAAAGCUCGGCGACAAGGGCCCGGCGAUUUCGAAGACGAGGACGACUUCUUUGGCAAGUGCGGUAACGCCGACUUCUACAGGGUGUACCAGAGCGAGGAGAGCGAGGUUACCUGGUCCGCUGAAGAGACGGACAUGCUGUUGGAACAGACAGACGAAUCUGAAACUGAAACCGGAAGUGGCUAUGAAACGGGAACUUCGUCGGCUGCCACGGGAAGCAGACUGUCCAGAUGCGAACAGAGCGAGGGCAUGUUUGGAGACCUCUUGACUUUGGUUGGCCAAUCGAAGGUGCUCACCUUUCACGACGUCUUGGCCACUGUCCGUCAUGCGCAGGGCUGCGUCAAGAUAGCCGAAGGCACUCACUCUGACAUCUUCAGGAUCUAUACGGCCGAAGGGACGAGCAUCCUCAAGGUCACGAACUUGGAAUACAUCGUCACUUUUUGGGACACGUUGUACGCUGAAGCAGCUAUCAGUCUGGAGCUGUCUAAUUUAAGGAACCGCUCGGACUUCCACACCAUAGGGUUUGCGGACACUAAAGGUGUGUUCUGCCUAUUCGAUUCGUACCCACGAGAGUUUAUCCAAGCGUGGAAGGACUAUACGUCCUGGAAGAGAACGGACCACGUGCAUGGUCCAGAGCGGCUUGAAGAUCCCCAGCCUUAUAUUGUGUUCCAUACCACGUACGCCGGGGUCCCGUUAACGCAAGUCAAGGUGGACACAGCGCUGCAACUGCGCAGUAUCCUACAGCAAGUGGCCGUCUCAUUGGCAGUUGCCGAGUGUGCCUACCAGUUCGAACACCGUGACCUGAGUCUCAAUCAUAUCCUGGUGGACAAGACACAGUACGAACUGAUUCAGUGCAGCCUCAAUGGACAAAGUAUAUUCAUCAAUACCUGGGGCGUCGUCGCCACAGUCAUCGACUAUGCACUGUCCAGGCUGAAGGACAGUAAUACUGGUCAAAUAAUUUUCUCCAAUCUGCGGCGCCUGUCUCCGUAUUCGUCGUCUACGGGGCUAAGCAACAUCUAUAAAUACGUCGGAGAUCUUACAAAAGGCAAUUGGGCCGGCUUCUACCCGAAGACUAACGUGGCGUACAUGAUCCACGUGACGAACCAGCUGUACCAGGCGUACCAGCAGAAGUUUGGCCGCCAGAGCGACCGCAUGGAAGCCGAUGCUUGGUCCGACGUCCACAGUUGGAGAGUCGUCCUGCCCGAGUACCGCUCCAUGGCGGACUUUGUCCAUUCAAAGUUUCGCUUCGCCGGUUCAUAGGAAUCUCUAUAGCAGGAGGCAUAAAUUAGAAUAAAGAGUCAGGAGGUAAAUUAA